AUGUCGAUUUUAGCUUACAAUGGAGGUGCCGUAGUGGCAAUGAAAGGCCAAGACUGUGUGGCCAUAGCCACAGACAAACGUUAUGGUAUCCAAGCGCAGACAGUGUCCACCAACUUCCCAAAAGUAUUCCAAAUGGGACCAUCACUGUUUGUUGGUUUGCCUGGCCUCGCAACAGAUACACAAACAGUUUUUCAAAGACUUAAAUUUAGAAUGAACUUGUAUGAACUGAAAGAAAAUAGAAUGAUGAAGCCUAAGACAUUCUCCGCAAUGCUCUCAAACUUGUUAUAUGAGAGGAGAUUUGGACCUUACUUCAUUGAACCUGUUAUUGCUGGGUUAGACCCCUACACAAAUGAACCUUAUGUUUGCAAUAUGGAUCUGAUUGGAUGUCCAAAUGAACCAGAAGACUUUGUUGUAUCUGGAACAUGUUCAGAACAGUUAUAUGGUAUGUGUGAAGCCCUGUGGGAGCCAAACUUGAAACCUGAUGAACUGUUUGAAACUAUUUCACAGGCAUUAGUUAAUGCAGCAGAUCGUGAUGCUAUUUCCGGUUGGGGUGCUGUUGUGUACAUUGUCGAAAAAGAUAAAAUUACUGAGAAACACGUCAAGACAAGAAUGGAUUAG